GGCACUGUAAGUGUUGCACAGAGGCGAUAGGGAGGCGAUACAGUGGGUACAAGGCACAGGAGCUCAUUGAUCUCGUUCGUGAGUCCAAACACAGCAACAGAGCUGAAGUACUUUUCACUUCAACUUUUUUAUUUUACAGCCGAUUCAAUUUCCUUCAUUUAACUUUUUUUUCUCUUGCUACUUUUGCACCUGCCCAGAGGAUAGCGGUGCAUCCGACCCGCCUCCUCAGUGCGCCGGUGCCGGGAGUUGGACUGCCGAGCAGCGCAGGAGAGCUCCCCCGCGAAUCGCGUGCAGGGAUAUGGGAAAAUUACUGCUGCUUUGUCCUUGCGCACCUGAACCUUUUGGGGAUUCAUAAAAGGCGUUUUAAAGGCCAAUUAAGACUCGCAGUCAGCCGGAAUUUAAAGACACAAACAGGGACUUGAUUGCGUUUAUUUUUAACACAAGGUUUGCACUUUGGAGAAGUUCGCAGGAUGGCCCCACCUGACUGCUUCAACCAGGUCGCUGUCAUCUUGUGUUUUUUAUCUCUAACAUUAGGACACUUGGAGAGCGCAAACUUGCUUAGGAGUCAUCCCUCCGGCGAUCCAAUCGUUCUUCAUAAAGGCAAUUUGUUAAACCUCACCUGCAGAGGUCAUGGUGUCUUCAGCUGGACACUUGCCCAGCGGUCGAUCGCAUCGCAGGGAGUGAAGGUGGAGAAGUGUGAUUCAAGACCUCACCGUCAGUCUCACUGCAGCAGACUGAUAGUCACACACCUGAUUGCCAAUGACACAGGGACUUACACCUGUAAAUACACCAAGGAUGGUUCAUACCAAAUCAAAUCCACCUAUGUGUAUGUCAAAGAUCCCGACCAGCCAUUUGUGGAGCCUGCUAGAGGUCAUAUUCUGGGCAUCUACAGGCAUGAGACCAGCCUUGUUGUCCCGUGUCGGACAUCCUCACCUGAUACUGAUGUCACACUGACAGGGGCGCCACGUUUAGCUGAGAAGGUUACAAAAGAAAUGGAGUGGGAUCCAAUGGUUGGGUUCAGGAUCCCCUACGGUGCCUCCGAUUCAUACAACAUUCUGACAUGUCAUGCCAAAGUCAACGGUCAAGUGUUCAAGUCAGAGUACUUUAUUACGAGACUGACUGAUGUUCUUAACAAUGUGAGGAUCACUCCAGAUAACUACCGUGUUAAAAUUUUGACUGGAGACACCCUCAUCCUCAACUGUAGUGGGGAGACCACCUAUAAUGGAAGAAUCAACUUCACCUGGACUUUUCCAAAGAAGAACGAAAAUCGGCAUACUACAAUCAAGUCCCUACUCAGACCUUCUAAGGUCCUUGUAAUGAGUAAAACUUUAGUGUUGCCAAACAUUACCAUGGAGGAUAAGGGAAUCUAUCAUUGCAAAGCUGAGCUGAAUCCCAGAGUAAAUGAUACUGCCACGGCAAAAGUUGUUGUCUAUGAGCAUCCAUUUCUUAACAUUUCCUCUAAGAAUGGACAGCAUAGAACAGUCGCUGAAGGUGUAAGGAAGAUUGUGUUUGAACCCAGGGUCAUCGCUUUGCCACCACCAGACAUGAUAGCAUGGUACAAGGAUGGGGUUCCUAUCCAGAAGAAUUCCACUUGCUACAAGAUGUCUGAUUUCAGCUUGGCCAUCACUGAUGUGCAGGAGAAGAAUUCUGGCGUGUUCACCUUAAGCCUGGGCAACAGAGCGAAGGGGCUGUACAGGAAUCUCAGCUACGUUCUGGAGGUCACAGUGAAGCCAAGUAUUUCAGAGGCGGAGCUUGCUACUGUGGACGUGCAACCUUACAUGUCGGGCAAACAGCAUCAUCUAACCUGCACUGCUUAUGGCCUGCCGUUGCCAACCAUCACUUGGCACUGGCAACCAUUUCACUCAGAACCGAAGUUUAAAAAUGACUUGGAGCCUGUCUUUGUCAGAGUGGAUGAAAGGAAAAAUGAUUCCUACAACUGGAUUAAAAGCAUAAACAUGAAGUCUGAACUAGUUAAAGGAAAAAACAAGACUGUGAGUACCCUGGUGAUCGGAGAUGCACGUGUUUCAGGACGAUUUUACUGUAAGGCUGAGAACUACAUUGGCAGCGCCCACAUUACAGUGCCUUUCUAUGUUGAUGAUCAACCUGAGAAAAUAACCACUGAACCUCAGAAAGCAAUUGAAGGGAACAACGUCAACCUGACCUGUCGGGCAACCCGUUAUCUCUACACAGAUCUACACUGGUUGGAUUCCAAGAAUCAAACAGUCACUUCCAAUGUGUCUAGACUCCAGUUCGGUCGCUACUCUAUUUCCCUUUCUCUCUAUUUGCACAAUGUGUCUCAAAAGAGCACUGCAGGUUACAAGUGCCGAGCCUACAAGCUCAACAAGAAGGCUGAACUCAAGAAGGCUGUACUUAUUUUGGAUGCCAGAAGAAGACCGUGGCUGAAUCAAAAUCUGACUAGCCAAGAUGUGAACAAUACCAGCACCCUGAGGCUGGUUUGUAACGCUUCAGCAGUUCCUCCUCCAAAAAUCAUGUGGCUCAAAGAUGGUGUUCCACUAGAAGAAAAUCCAGGUAUCACACUGGGUGAGGACGGUACCCUGAUCAUUGAGAGGGUCAAGAAAGAUGAUGAGGGUCUGUACGAGUGUAUAGCCAGCAACACUGAGGGUGUCCUGAAAACAAGCGCUUUGGUUACUGUGUCUGGGGAUGAGGUGAAGCCAGAUGUUGAGGUCAUAAUUUUGGUGUGUACGGGAGCUGCAGCAACGUUCCUCUGGAUCAUGCUUAUUCUUUUCAUUCGCAAGCUAAGGAAGCAACCAGCACAUUAUAAAAUGGGUCCAUCUAUCAUCAUUGAUCCUGAUGAAUAUCCCCUCGAGGAGCAGAAUGAUUUGCUUCAGUAUGACGGCAGCAAGUGGGAGUUUCCUCGUGACCGCCUACAACUAGGCAAAACACUCGGCCAUGGAGCUUUUGGAAAAGUGGUUGAGGCUUCUGCUUUUGGGAUCGACAAGCUCUCAACCUGCAAGACUGUUGCAGUCAAAAUGCUGAAAGGAGGCGCUACAUCAAACGAGCGAAAGGCUCUGAUGUCAGAGUUAAAGAUCCUGAUCCACAUUGGCCAUCACCUCAAUGUGGUUAACCUGCUGGGAGCCUGCACGAAACCUGGCGGACCGUUGAUGAUGAUAGUGGAGUUCUGCAAAUAUGGAAAUUUGUCCAACUAUUUGAGGAGCAAGAGAGACGACUUUCUCGUCUACAAAAGCCCGGAUGGUAAGGUGGUUUCAUCCGGAUUGGGCUGCGAACUCAGCGAGCUGAUGAAGCGCCGCUUGGAGAGCGUGGCCAGCACCGGAAGCUCCGCGAGCUCCGGUUUUAUCGAAGAUAAGAGCUACUGUGACUCAGAGGAAGAGGAAGAAGAACCUGAGGAUUUAUAUAAGAGAGUUCUGACACUGGAAGAUUUAAUUUGCUACAGUUUCCAAGUUGCAAAAGGCAUGGAGUUCUUGGCUUCACGAAAGUGCAUUCAUCGUGAUCUGGCUGCGCGAAAUAUCCUGCUUUCUGAGAAUAAUGUUGUGAAGAUCUGUGAUUUUGGACUCGCAAGGGAUGUCUACAAGGACCCAGAUUACGUGCGCAAAGGAGAUGCUAGACUGCCGCUUAAGUGGAUGGCACCUGAGGCCAUUUUUGACAAGAUCUACACAACUCAGAGUGAUGUUUGGUCCUUCGGUGUUCUCAUGUGGGAGAUCUUCUCUCUGGGUGCCUCCCCAUACCCGGGCGUCCAGAUCGAUGAAGAAUUUUGCUGCAGACUCAAAGAGGGAACCAGGAUGAGAGCGCCAGAAUAUGCUUCCUCUGAAAUAUAUCAGACCAUGCUGGACUGCUGGCAGGGUGAGCCACAGGAGAGGCCGACCUUCACUGAGCUGGUGGAAAGGCUGGGAGACUUGCUUCAGGCCAGUGUGCAACAGGAGGGUAAGCACUACAUACCCAUCAACACAGCCUUGCUGGCAAAGGUGGGAGACCAGACUGUUGCAGUAUCGUCAGAGGAGACACGGCCAACCUCCCACCGCGACUCAGGGAGCAACUGGAACAUUAAGAUCCGUCCCGCCAGCGUAAAAACCUUUGAUGAGGUUAUGAUGGAGGACGGAACAAGUGAGAACCACGAGGGUCAUUCAGACAGCGGGAUGGGCCUUUCGUCUGACAACAUGAAGACACUGAUGCGCUUUGAGUCGUUGGCAGGCCGACCUCUGAGCAUCAUGGCUCUGGCGAUGAAGGCAGCGAGUAAGAGUAAAGAGUCCAUGCUGUGUGACGCAGAGAAGGAGAAGUACCAGCCCAUCGUCCCCCCUCUGGACUUCAGUCUGGAUGACUCGUCUCUAGACGCCAGCCUCGAGUGUCACAGCCCGCCGCCUGACUAUAACUCCGUGGUGCGCUACUCCACCCCUCCUGUGUAACCUCCCGUUUUGUCCCUGGAGAAUCUGAGAGUGACAACCUCAAGGCCUUUUGCUUUGUUCUCCUCUGUUUUGACUCUUAUCUCCGGACCGUUUCUCUAGCAACACUUGAGUGUGAAACACGAAAGGACGCUCAUGAAUCAGCUUGACCGUGAUUUUUUUUUUUCCAACUUCAAGGAAGGCUGUGAACUGGUGAUUUCUCUCCAGUUUGAAGGCAACAUUAAAGCUGCUGGUCCGGUCCACGUUCACUGUAAUAUGGCAAACAGCUGAAAACAGGCUCAGGUAUUUCUUUGAUCUACUGUGAAACAAACCGCAAUGAUUUCACUUUGAACAAGCUACAGCGUUUAGAGAUGAAAAAGCCUUAAAAGAAAAGAGAGAGGACUCCCUAGACCUUUCAAGUUCAGACCAAAAACCUUUUUAAAAAAAAAAAAAAUAGGUUAACUUUAUUGGAAAAAAUAAAAACUGUAUUUGUGAAAUUGUUUUUGUAAUCCGGCUCCAUUGUCUCAUACGAAGGUUCGUUUUUGCUCAAAACAAAAAGCAGACAGUGGAGCGCAUUAAUUAUGGACAGUCUCUUUUGAGGUCAUGGCUCCUGUGAUCUCAUCAAAUAUUCAGCUCAACUAACUCAGGUUGACCAAGAGUGAUAGAGAAGAAGGGUACUCUGGAUCUCUCUUGGGUUUCAGAAAAUCACAGGUUAAUGGGGGAAACAGGGUAGAGCUGAGAGUAAGAACAGACAGCUUCAGAUUUGACAGUCUGACUAUGGACCCAUUAAAGUUACUGUAUAUACAGACUCAUCCACCUCCUUUUCCAGCCAGGUAUUAAAGAAAUAAUUUUUCAUUUGAAAUUAGUCCAGCUAAAAAAAAGUGUAUUUUUCUUCUGUACAGACAUAGUUAGAAACAUCAUAGGAACAGUUAAUUAAAAAGACCACUAGUUAAACUAAUAGAGUAUUUAUAGGCUGAAGACACUGUCACUUAGUAAUCCAGCUCUGUUGUUUAUAUACAUUCAUGUUUUAAGUUAACCAAAGCAUUUUCCAGCUUAGUCUUCCUGAUAUCACCAUGCAAUAUCCUGGUGUUGAAUUCCAGACAUUAUAUGCUGUUUGUGCUGCUGUAUUCACUAAUAAUAACGCUGCUUCUGCAGAGACGUGUUUGUAAUGCGAGGUGGGAUAUUCUCAGUCCCUCAUCUUGUUGUAGUAAAGCUUGUGGUGCGGGCUGUCAAAACUCUGUGUGUGUGAGAGAGAGAGGUCAGCUAAGUGCGUAACAUCACCAAUGUUUAAAAGCACAUUGAGCUUAUUUUUAUGUUGUGAUACAGCAAACACACCCCGUGGAAAUGCAGCUAGCUCAUGCCCAUUAACCACUGCAGAAACAGUGUUUGUCAGCGAGUAAACUAAAGUGAAUAUUUUGAUCAUUUCCUGAUGAUGUUUUGUUUGUGGCUGCGUGUUUGUGUAAGAGGAGAGGAAGUAAUUAUGCACUGAUGCUUUAUAUCAAGUAUAUGUUUUUGUAUUUUAAAGGUGUAUUAUUAGGAACAUAUGUCGAGGAUCACAUGUUUAAAAUUAUUUUAUUUCUUUUUUGUUCGUUUUUUGUUUAAGUAUGAAUUAACACUUCUGUUAUUUGUUGCAUUAUUUCAUGCCAGUCUAACAUCAUCACUGCUGUUCAUUAUGGAAAUAGCUAUCUAUGUCAAGCUUCAUAUAAAUGGAUCCAUCAGUUUAGCCUCUACUUUAACAGUAUUAAUUAUCUCAAUAUCUGGUCAGUUUGGGUAAAUGUUGUAUUUUAUCUCAUGUCUUUGGAGAAAUCAUGACUAAUGCUUCCAGCAGCUCAAAACUUCUUCCGAGCUGCUUCUGUGUUGUCCACAUAGCGUAACAAGUUAUAGUGUUUUAAAAAAUUAUGUUCCCCAACACUGUUAACUGAGUGUAUGAAGUGAAUAAAUAAAGCUCUAUAUAUUUAUACAUUA